UUCUGCAAUUUCCACUGCAUGUUCAGUUUGUUGAGACCUGUUGUGAGUGCUUCAGACGGUGACAUCACCAAACCAGUGGUGAAACAGGUUUUGGAAAGUGACCAUGAGGACUGAGAAAGUUACAUUUUUAACAUGAUACUUGAAGUUAAUGACUGCCUGCAAUACUUUCUUGAAAAUUAAAUAUGACUUAGAAGCGUUGAAGGCUUAUGAUGUCAUCGGUUUCGACAGAAAGCAAACCCCAGCAGGCUGUGAGCCUGAAGGGAGCUGACCCAGAAACAUGCAUGAUUGUGUUUAAGAACCACUGGGCGCAGGUUGUGAAAAUCUUAGAGAAACAUGACCCCUUGAAGAACACCCAGGCAAAAUAUGGGUCCAUCCCCCCCGACGAGGCCAGUGCCGUGCAGAACUACGUGGAACACAUGCUCUUCCUGCUAAUCGAAGAGCAAGCCAAGGAUGCCGCCAUGGGGCCCAUCCUGGAAUUUGUGGUCUGUGAGAACAUCAUGGAGAAGCUCUUCCUUUGGAGCUUGAGACGAGAAUUCACCGAUGAAACCAAAAUUGAGCAGCUAAAGAUGUACGAGAUGUUGGUCACCCAGUCAUACCAGCCUCUGCUGCACCAUAAGCCCAUCCUGAAGCCCCUGAUGAUGCUGCUGAGCUCCUGUUCGGGGACAGCCACCCCAGCUGUGGAGGCGAAGCUAGUUGUUCUGCUCAACCAGCUCUGCUCCAUCCUUGCCAAAGACCCAUCCAUCCUGGAACUCUUCUUCCACACAAGUGAGGACCAAGGGGCCACCAACUUCCUCAUCUUCUCUCUUCUGAUACCCUUCAUUCAUCGCGAGGGCACAGUAGGCCAGCAAGCUCGGGAUGCUUUGCUGUUCAUCAUGUCUCUCUCUGCGGAGAACAGCAUGGUGGCCAACCACAUUGUGGAGAAUACCUACUUCUGUCCAGUACUUGCAACGGGACUCAGUGGCCUCUACUCUUCCUUGCCCACAAAACUGGAAGAAAAGGGUGAAGAGUGGCACUGCCUUCUGAAGGAUGACUGGCUCCUGCUACCUUCCCUCGUGCAGUUCAUGAACUCGCUGGAGUUCUGUAACGCGGUCAUCCAGGUGGCUCAUCCCUUGAUCCGCACUCAGCUCGUCAGCUACAUUUACAAUGGAUUUUUGGUACCAGUAUUGGCUCCUGCCCUCCAUAAGGUGACGGUGGAGGAGGUCAUGACCACAACUGCAUACCUGGACCUUUUCCUGCGCAGCAUCUCUGAGCCAGCACUCCUGGAGAUCUUCCUGCGUUUCAUCCUCCUACACCAGCAUGAAAAUGUCCACAUCCUGGACACUCUCACCAGCCGGAUCAACACCCCUUUUCGGCUUUGUGUGGUGUCCCUGGCGCUGUUCAGAACUCUCAUCGGUUUACAUUGUGAAGACGUGAUGUUACAACUAGUUUUAAGGUAUCUGAUCCCCUGCAAUCACAUGAUGCUGAGUCAAAGGUGGGCUGUGAAGGAGAGAGACUGUUACUCCGUGUCCGCGGCCAAGCUGCUUGCCUUGACCCCUGUGUGUUGUGCCAGUGGCAUCACUCUGACACUCGGGAACCACGAAAGGGAUUAUAUCCUCUGGUCAAAGUGUACGCACGAUGGCUCAGGGCCUGAGGAGCAGAAGCUGCCAGAAGCACCCUGCCCACCUGCCCCACCUGCCCCACCUGCCCCACCUGCCCCGCCUGCUCCUCCUGCCCCACCUGCCCCACCUGCCCCGGCAGCCUGCAUUGUGGAGUACGGGAAGGCCCUGGACAUCAGCUACCUGCAGUAUCUGUGGGAGGCCCACGCCAACAUCCUCCACUGCAUGAGGGACUGCAGGGUGUGGUCAGCUCUCUAUGAUGGGGACUCGCCUGACCCCGAGACCUUUCUUCAGAACCUGCCAGAGGAGAGCCGAGAAAACUCAGCCCACCCAGAGGCCAGGCUCCCACAGCAGCGUACUAGGACACCAGGGCAAACUAAGGCCAAGAGCCAGUCGGAGCUGGAAUGGGAUGACAGCUAUGACACUGGCAUCUCGUCAGGGGCUGACGUGGGCUCCCCUGGGCCUUAUGACGAUGCAGAGACCCCACCAGCACCCAUUGACCCUCCCAAACACAUCCAAGAGAUGAAGAGGAAUGCCAUCCUCCUCUUCAAGGGAUCCUACAUUGAAGAGUCGGACUUCCAGGAUGAUGUAAUGGUGUACAGGCUGUGUGCUGAGAAGGACUCUGAGGACACCAGGGAGCCACAGGGGGACACCGCAGACACACCAGCUGAGGCCCAGCCUGAAGCCCAGAGUUCCCCCGUAAGCAAUGGACCUCUCUUUAGCCCCGAUCAUGAGGCAGAGUCACAACCCAGCAGGGAGAGUUCAGACCUGUGUCCGAACACAUUGUCAGAAGCCAAGCCAGAGAAGGAACCUGACAAAGCCUUGGACUCAGAGUUGGCAGCCCCCACGUUGGAGGCAGAACCCCAGUCAGACCUGGCAGCUGUCAACUCAGAGAGUGAAGAUUUCAUUGCACAGUACAACCAAAUCAUUCAAGAGCUGGAUUCCGGCACUGAGGGCUUGCCAGACCAGAGCAUCCUUGGGUCUGACCCCUUGCUUCUUGCACACCAGGAAGAAAGGAGUGAAGGAUCCAAGCGAGAGGAGGAGAAGGAGGAGGAGGAGGAGGAGGAGGAGGAUGACUUUGACUCCCUCAUGGCAGAAACUCCUGCUGUGGAGACUGGGCCGGCCCCAUUUGGUGUUGGAGAUGACGUGGCCUUAAAGAGUCGCCAUCCUGUGAGGACUCAGAGCACCCCGUUCACAGGUCCAUUCAUCAGCGUGGUCCUGUCAAAGCUGGAGAACAUGCUGGAGAACUCCCUACACGUCAACUUGCUUCUUAUUGGCAUCAUCACCCAGCUGGCCAGCUACCCGCAGCCACUGCUGCGCUCCUUCCUCCUCAACACCAACAUGGUCUUCCAGCCUAGCGUCCGCUCCCUCUACCAGGUCCUUGCAUCAGUGAAAAACAAGAUCGAGCAGUUCGCUUCUGUGGAGAGAGACUUCCCAGGCCUCCUCAUCCAAGCCCAGCAGUACCUGCUCUUCAGGGUGGACAUGUCUGACGUGAGCCUUGGAACACCUACCAAAGAUCCUACUCAGGAGGUCUCCAGGACAGAGAGUGACAAGACCCUUAUGGACGGCCCUCCACGAGUACUUCAGCCCUUCCUGGGCAACCGAGCCAAGGUGGCCAGGGCACCCCCAAACCUGCCUCUGCCAGUGAGGAACACCAUGCUGGCUGCUGCUCUCUUCCCAGAGUUUCUGAAGGAGCUGGCAGCCUUGGCCCAAGAACACUCCAUUCUGUGUUACAAGAUCCUGGGGGACUUUGAGGACUCCUGCUGUUAGUUUUUUAUACUAUUAGUUUACUUGAGGUUUGGUUUUAUAAGGUUAUAGUGUCUUGACUGAAUGUUAAGUGCAAAGCUGCUUAUCAAAGCACGUCUACUUUGAUAUUUCCUGACAAUACUUGAUUUGUAGGGAGGGUUAUUUUUGUGCAGCUCCUCUCUCUAGCCGGGUCUCCGUCGUCAUAGAGAAUGUACGUCUUGCGAGCUGGCCAUCCCUUGGCAGGUCCUUUCUGCUCAGUUUGUCCUCUUCACAUGUUCUCCCAUGCCUUGGAGCGGAGACAUUCAGCUUGUAGCUUGGACAGCA